UUCAUUGGACGACUCUCUCUCUGUCUCUGUCUCUGUCUCUCUGUGUCUCUCUUUCAUUGAAGCUCCUUCUUCUUCUUCUGACACUAUACUAUAUAGUCCAAGCCCGAGCUUCCAUUUCCGCUGGAAGCUUUAAUGGCGAAGACCUCGCAGUCGCAGCAGAACCAGGAAGAGGACUCGGACCCCAAGACGGACGGCGGCAAGGGAGCGGUCGCGAAGGCGAAGGCGAAGCGCACCCGCAAGAGCGUCCCCCGGGACUCGCCGCAGCAGCGCAGCUCCGUCUACCGCGGCGUCACCAGGCAUCGAUGGACGGGUCGAUACGAAGCUCAUCUGUGGGACAAGAACUGCUGGAACGAGUCGCAGAACAAGAAAGGAAGGCAAGUGUAUCUAGGGGCUUAUGACGAUGAAGAAGCCGCAGCACAUGCAUAUGACUUGGCCGCAUUGAAGUACUGGGGACCAGAAACCGUCCUUAAUUUUCCUUUGUCUGCAUAUGAAGAAGAGCUGAAGGAAAUGGAAGGCCAAUCGAAGGAAGAGUACAUUGGAUCCUUGAGAAGAAAGAGCAGCGGAUUUUCCCGUGGAGUCUCGAAGUACAGAGGAGUUGCGAGGCACCAUCACAAUGGUAGAUGGGAGGCUCGAAUUGGGAGAGUGUUUGGCAACAAGUAUCUAUAUCUUGGGACUUAUGCUACCCAAGAAGAAGCGGCCACCGCAUACGACAGGGCGGCCAUAGAGUACCGGGGGCUCAACGCCGUCACCAACUUUGACCUCAGCCGUUACAUCGAGGGGCGCCAGCCCACCGCCCCGAACGGCUCCCAGCAAAGCCCCCCCGGCGAGGCGGGCGGCGCCGCAGCGGCGGGGGGGCCGGCGCAUCACCCGCAGCAGGGGGGCGGCCCAGCCUCCUCUGCGCUGAGCCUCCUGCUGCAGUCGUCCAAGUUCAAGGAGAUGCUCGAGAGGACGAGCUCGGCGGAGGAGGACCGCGCGGGGUCGUCGUCGACCACGUCCUCGGAGUCCGAGGUGCCCCGCCGGAGCUUCCCGGACGACAUACAGACCUACUUCGACUGCCACCACGAUGACGCAGGCGGGUUCGGCGGCGACGACGGCAUCUUCGGCGACCUGAACUCGUUCGCCUCCCCUAUCUUCCAUUGCGAGCUCGAUGUCUAGCUGACGUUAGCAGUCUUACUAGGGAGAUUACAUUAAGCUCAGCUUCGCGAGUUGCAAUGCAAUCAUGCACGCGAAUGGGGCCAAUAUGGGAGUGAGGAUAGCGACGGGAAGGGAAGAUGACGAUGGGAAUCGGUAAGAGUCAAAAGAGACAAUCGAGAUUCUUUUUUUUUUUCCUUAAAUUACUACUAUUAUUGCUAAUUUUUUUUUCUUUUAAAUUACAUGUAAAUGAUGGGGGAUAUUCUUUUGCUAAGGAUUUAUUUUACGUUUUCCUAUCUAUUUUGGGUCGUCCUGUGUAAGACAAGGUUUGGCAUGUAAAUCGACCUUACUAUAAUUAGGCUUGAUUUCAUUUUC